AUGGCCAGCAUCUAUUGUUCAUCCUAUGCCUCGUUUGCCAUUACAUCGAAUGGACAUGUGUUUAGUUGGGGUCGAAAUCAUUACUACAAUUUGGGACACAUUAUAACGCCAAAUUUGUCCAGAAUCACUCAACAAUUGAGAAAAUACCCACGUCGCAGUGCGUUUCUUACAUAUUUUGAUGAGCUUGGUAAAUUGGGUUCGGGCACAUUUGGAACCGUAUAUAAAGUCAAAUACAAAGACAGAUACAGUUUAGGGACAAAUUCAAGAUACGCUAUUAAAGUAAUCGAGCAUGAUGUUAGUUCAGAAUAUGUCGUCCAGUACUUACAUUGUUCGUUAGAAACGGACAAUAUUUGCCGCACAACGUGUAUAAUAACUCAUUUAUACGAUCAAAGUUUAACCUCAGUAUUAGACCUGAAAGGCCCGGCGUUUGGCCGCCGCUCGGCCGAAGAGGCCAUGAAUUUGUCGGAGUAUUAUAUUUCGUGUCAAUUAUUUAAAGAGCUGUUGGAAUGCAUACAAUAUUUACAUGAUUUGAGUCCAGCAGUCAUUCAUCGGGACCUCAAACCCGAUAAUGUUUUGGUAUCACUUAAUCCCCAAAACGGCCGGUAUUUAAAACUAUGUGAUUUUGGUUUAGCCGUAUUACACGAGAGGUCAGGUGUUACCAGACAUACGGGUUGUGUGGGCACAAGUAUUUAUAUGGCAUCUGAAGUGCGGCUAAACAAAGAUUACACGACAAAAGUGGAUGUCUAUAGUUUGGCAGUUGAAUGA